CAUGUCUGGAAGAGGAAAGGGAGGUAAAGGUCUGGGCAAAGGAGGCGCCAAGCGCCACCGCAAAGUCCUCCGUGAUAACAUCCAGGGAAUUACCAAGCCGGCUAUCCGCCGUCUGGCUCGCCGCGGCGGAGUAAAGCGUAUCUCCGGCCUCAUCUACGAGGAGACCCGUGGUGUGCUCAAAGUGUUCCUGGAGAACGUCAUCCGUGACGCCGUCACCUACACCGAGCACGCCAAGAGGAAGACGGUCACCGCCAUGGAUGUUGUCUACGCCCUCAAGAGGCAAGGUCGCACUCUGUACGGCUUCGGAGGAUAAAUCUCACAUUUCACCAAAUAAACAAAGGUCCUUUUUAGGACCACACACCUCUUCUAUCAGUCA